AUCCAGAGGUGACAGACAGGAGAUUGCGUCACAACUGAGUCAACUGGUCAACUGUUAGUGCCGUCCUUGGUCAUUGAAGAUAGACACAUUUGCAGCGCUGUCCAAACCUGGAUUUGGUGUAUUUUUUAUUUUUUAGAGUUCACUUUUUCUUCCCCCCUCUGAAACUCCUCCUAACCCUUCAACCGACUCUUACCGCUGAAUAUUCAAGACACGUUCCAGUGCUUUCCAAAUAUUGGUUAUCUAAGGAAGAGCAAAAUAACUCACCAUACCUCUCCAACCAAGUCGUGGAUGUCUGUAGCCGUUAUGACAGCGAAAACAGAACUGUCCGGCUGGCCAGACUACACAGGCGAGGACUUCCCCCUGAUGGAACAGUCUAAACUGGAGCCUCUCGCAUCCAGAACCAGGGUACCAUCUCCUAGAGGGCAGUCUCUUUACUCAACCAGAGAUACGGGCUAUUACGCGCACAGCGGCUCCAUGGAUAUCUCACUGGAGAAACUCAUGUCGGUGAGUAAACUAACGGACAGUGGUGUCAGGAUAGAGAUGGACCUGGAAACAGUACCUGGGGACCAGGGAGAAGGAGGAAACGGUACGCAGCAGGGCCACCACCCGGGCCCGCAGAAACACCGGCGAGUCGCGGCUAACGCCCGGGAGAGACGGAGGAUGCACGGGCUGAACAAGGCGUUUGACACGUUGCGGAGUGUGAUCCCGUCCGAUAAUAAUAAAUUGUCCAAGUAUGACACUCUCCAGAUGGCUCAGAUCUACAUCCAGGAGCUUUCGGGGCUGCUCACCGGGGUGGUGAAGCCAGAGGGUCGGGGAGGGUCGCGGAGUGGAUGCACCUCACCAGACAUAGACCACCUCAUCCCGGAUAGGAGGAACCUUCUGGGGUCUCUCUCUCCAGAGCCCUUACGGGGUGGCGACGGGAUGACUGGGAUCAGCAACACCCUGCAGGACUCCCCCUCCCCGCAGCCUCAGAACAAGAGACUGGUCGGAGAACAGGAGAACAAUGGCCCCGUCGGUCACCUCAUCAUUCUGUCUGUGCCUAAAUCUGAUCUAGGAUCGGGGAAUAAGAGGGUGUCUAACACUUCUAACGGGAGUGAUGGAGAGUCGUCGCAUUACAGUGACUUUGAGGACGGACAGGCCGGUAGACGGUGACCAUUUAGAGUGACAACAGGAACUCUUUUAGGAGAGGUUUUCAUACGGAUCCUUUAAUAUUUUAUAUAAACUGUCUGUGUUUUAGAAGACAAUAACGGACACCAAAAUAGAGCCACGUAGCCCACCUUGAAAUGUUGAAUGGUUCAGAUUGAGACGGUAGUCUAGACCUACUCUCAGUUACAUUUAGACAAGAACACUUGUCUCAUCAUGCUAUAUUUAUUUAUUAUAAAUAGACACCAGGGUUGGGGUCAAUUUCAUUUUAAAUGUAGUAAGUAAUUCCAAUUCGGUAAGCAGCAGGGCAACUUUGGGAAACAUUGGCAUCAGAAUUUGGUUUUACUUUCCUUCCCGAAUUGACUGUAAUUGAAAUGGAAUGUUCCCCGAACUCUGUUUGGAGCUCAUCUUGAAAAGUUUAAUAACGUUCUGGGUUAGAUUAAAACGGUAGUCUAGCCGACAUUUAGUCAAGACCACGAAUAUCCCCGUGAGCACAAGACGUUGAAAAUGUUGUAUGUUGAAAAUGUUGUAUUUUCAACAUGUUUUACUCAUAGGGAGGGAUGUUUCAUCAUACCAUAUGUAUUUAUUAGAUAUCAACACUGUAAAAUCAAAAGAGCUAGCCUAUUGUGUGAUAUUGAAGACUUCAUUGUGUGUUUAAACAAGGCCUGAUAAUAUGACUUCUCAUCGGGGCUUCACUUCCUUCUUCACUCCCUUCUUCACUUCCUUCCUCACUCCCUUCUUCACUUCCUUCUUCACUUCCUUCUUCACUUCCUUCUUCACUCCCUUCUUCACUUCCUUCCUCACUCCCUUCUUCACUCCCUUCUUCACUUCCUUCCUCACUCCCUUCUUCACUCCCUUCUUCACUUCCUUCUUCACUCCCUUCUUCACUCCCUUCUUCACUCCCUUCUUCACUUCCUUCCUCACUCCCUUCUUCACUUCCUUCUUCACUUCCUUCCUCACUCCCUUCACUCCCUUCUUCACUUCCUUCACUCCCUUCUUCACUCCCUUCUUCACUUCCUUCUUCACUCCCUUCUUCACUCCCUUCUUCACUUCCUUCUUCACUUCCUUCUUCACUUCCUUCUUCACUUCCUUCUUCACUCCCUUCUUCACUCCCUUCUUCAUUUCCUUCACUUCCUUCUUCACUCCCUUCUUCACUUCCUUCUUCACUCCCUUCUUCACUUCCUUCUUCACUCCCUUCUUCACUUCCUUCUUCACUCCCUUCUUCACGUCCUUCUUCACUCCCUUCCUCACUCCCUUCUUCACUUCCUUCUUCACUCCCUUCUUCACUCCCUUCUUCACUUCCUUCACUUCCUUCUUCACUCCCUUAUUCACGUCCUUCACUUCCUUCCUCACUCCCUUCUUCACGUCCUUCCUCACUCCCUUCUUCAUUUCCCUCACUCCCUUCUUCACUUCCUUCUUCACUCCCUUCUUCACAUCCUUCUUCACUUCCUUCUUCACUUCCUUCCUCACUCCCUUCUUCACUUCCUUCUUCACUUCCUUCUUCACUCCCUUCUUCAUUUCCUUCACUCCCUUCUUCACUCCCUUCUUCACUUCCUUCCUCACUCCCUUCUUCACGUCCUUCUUCACUUCCUUCCUUUCUAGCACUUUAUUGACUAAAUACAUCUGGAACACUUGGUUUCACGGUUUGAUGGCAUGCAUAUCUAAUAAUAAUUAAAAUAUAUAUAUAUAUAAACAAAAAUACGUUGAUAUUAAACUAUUGUUAUUUGUUGUUUUCUUCCAAGAAUAGUUUUUUGAUUGAGGAAAAAAAAACGUUUUUUUUAUUUGGUAGAUAAAUAUUUAGAACGGGUUUGUUUCUUCUUCUAAAUUUUCCAGAAUAAUUCACUCUGUCUGAUUUAAUUUCAACAGCUUCACCACUGUAUAUUCCACUUUAUUGGCAUGGGAAAUAAAUGUAUCACCUUCUUUUAGUCAACUCAA